CCUGAAGGAAGUGGGCUGAGGCCUGGCCCACGCUCCCCUCACUCGCAGAGCCCAGGAUGCUCCUGGGUGGCAGUGGCUCCUGAGCUCAUGGAGCCCUCAGCCACCCCAGGGGCCCAGACGGGGGUCCCCACUGGCAGCGGGGAACCAUCCCCGGUGCCUCCUGACUACGAGGACGAGUUUCUCCGCUAUCUGUGGCGUGAUUAUCUGUACCCGAAGCAGUACGAGUGGGUCCUCAUCGCAGCCUACGUGGCUGUGUUCCUCGUGGCCCUGGUGGGCAACAUGCUGGUCUGCCUGGCGGUGUGGAGGAACCACCACAUGAGGACGGUCACCAACUACUUCAUCGUUAACCUGUCCCUGGCCGACGUGCUGGUGACGGCCAUCUGCCUGCCUGCCAGCCUGCUCGUGGACAUCACUGAGUCCUGGCUCUUCGGCCACACCCUCUGCAAGGUCAUCCCCUAUCUACAGGCCGUGUCUGUGUCAGUGGCAGUGCUGACUCUCAGCUUCAUCGCCCUGGACCGCUGGUAUGCCAUCUGCCACCCGCUGUUGUUUAAGAGCACCGCCCGGCGUGCCCGCGGCUCCAUCCUGGGCAUCUGGGCUGUGUCGCUGGCUGUCAUGGUGCCCCAGGCUGCUGUCAUGGAAUGUAGCAGUGUGCUGCCUGAGCUAGCCAACCGCACCCGGCUCUUCUCUGUCUGUGACGAACGCUGGGCAGACGACCUGUAUCCCAAGAUCUACCACAGUUGCUUCUUCAUUGUCACCUACCUGGCCCCGCUGGGCCUCAUGGCCAUGGCCUAUUUCCAGAUCUUCCGCAAGCUCUGGGGCCGCCAGAUCCCUGGCACCACCUCGGCCCUGGUGAGGAACUGGAAGCGGCCCUCAGACCAGUCGGAGGACCAGGGGCAGGGCCCGAGCGCAAAGCCCCCGCCUCGGGCCCGUGCCUUCCUGGCCGAGGUGAAGCAGAUGCGAGCUCGGAGGAAGACGGCCAAGAUGCUGAUGGUGGUGCUGCUGGUCUUUGCCCUCUGCUACCUGCCCAUCAGUGUCCUCAAUGUCCUCAAGAGGGUGUUCGGGAUGUUCCGGCAAGCCAGUGACCGGGAAGUCGUCUAUGCUUGCUUCACCUUCUCCCACUGGCUGGUGUACGCCAACAGCGCCGCCAACCCCAUCAUCUACAACUUCCUCAGUGGCAAAUUCCGGGAGCAGUUUAAGGCCGCCUUCUCCUGCUGCCUGCCUGGCCUGGGUCCCCGCUCCUCUGCCAGCCACAAGUCCUUGUCCUUGCAGAGCCGAUGUUCCGUCUCCAAAGUCUCAGAGCACGUGGUGCUCACCACCGUCACCACAGUCCUGCCCUGAGCGAGGGCUGCCCUGGUGGCUCCAGGUGGUGCAAACUGUUCCCAGCCGGGGCUGCUCCUCUGGCUCCUGGGGGACCUGCCCCUACUCCUUGUGGAAAGACUGCUGGAGGCAGUGGGAGGCCGGGGCUCCAGUCCUGGUUUUCCACCUGUUUGACUCUGGGCAAGUCACUUGCCUUCUCUGAGCUGUGCCCCCUACA